CACUGAAGCAUUGUCAUUUGUAAUUCCAAUAAAAAGAACAAGAGGUUCUUAGCCAAGAACGCAGCGGUCAAAUCGUCAAUAUGUCAAUGCAGCUUGUUGAGGAGGGGGAGGAGGACCCAGCUGAAUACUGCACUGGAGGUUACCAUCCAGUGAAAUUAGGGGACAUAUUUAAUGGAAGAUACCAAGUAAUGAGAAAGUUGGGAUGGGGCUUUUACUCCACAGUCUGGCUUUGUUGGGAUCUGCUAAAAAAUAAAUACGUGGCAGUGAAGGUGGCGAAGAGUGGAAAGGGGUUUACAGAGGCUGCCCAGGACGAGAUCAGGCUUCUCAGAUGUGUGAGAUGGAACAGCUCAAAGGAUCCAGAUAAGGAGCGAAUUGUCCAGCUUUUAGAUGAUUUCAUAAUAGUUGGUCUGAAUGGUGUUCAUGUGUGUUUGGUUACUGAACUACUAGGUAAUCAUCUUCAUCACUGGAUUAUUAAAUCCAAUUGGCAGGGACUACCCAUGCGUUGUGUCAAAAAGAUCAUUCAACAGGUUCUUCAAGGGUUGAACUAUCUGCAUACUAAGUGCAAGAUUCUGCACACGGAUAUCAAACCAGAUAACAUUCUCUUAUGUGUCAACCAGAAGUAUCUCAAUCGAUUAGCUAUCUCCAUGCAACAAGGAGCAGAAGAAGGAGCACUGAGUCUAACAGGGGAAAUUAACACAGAACGAUCACUCCUGAACCCUUUGGAUCCUAAAUAUGCUGAAGAAAUAAGCAUAAAAAUUGUGGACCUGGGAAGUGGCUGCUGGACGUUCAAACAUGUUACAGAAAAGAUCCAGACGAGACCAUACCGUGCACUGGAGACCAUCCUCGGAGCUGGUUAUGGCCCUCCUGCUGACAUCUGGAGCACAGCCUGUGUGGCAUUCGAGUUGGCAACAGGUGAAUACCUGUUUGACCCUCGACCUGGAAAGACCUUCUCCCAAGAUGAGGACCACAUUGCACAUAUUAUUGAGCUGCUUGGGAGAAUUCCUUUGAAGUGUGCACUAUCUGGGAAGUAUUCCAAAGAUUUGUUCAACCGUAAAGGUGAGCUACGUCAUAUCAAGACACUAAGACCUUGGGGAUUGUAUGAUGUUCUCAUCGAGAAAUAUGACUUCCCAUUGGCUGACGCAGCUCUGUUUUCAGACUUCCUUCAUCAAAUGCUGAGCUUUAUACCAGAGAAACGGGCAACUGCAGAACACUGCCUCCAACACCCAUGGCUGAGAAAUGAGGUCGCUAAUGACUCUUUCAGCUAG